CGGGAUCCCACGGUGUGAGGCGAAGAUGCCUGCGCGCUCACGAUUUCAGUAGACGCUCGAGUUCGUGUAGAGGAGUUCAUGGCUGUCCGGGUAUUGUGCCGCUCGCUCGGGGAUGCGUAGCGUUCGCAUUAACGCGAGUGCCCGAAACACGUCGCUACCGCGCGAGCGCCCCAAGUAGCCGCUAGUCGGUCCCGUUUACUCGCGUUCUGUAGAGAGCGUCCAGCGCCCAGCUUUUCAAAAUGCAUUUUUAAGCUGGGCGGGAUCCAUUUUUAGGAUUUUAGAAGUAUCUGGGGAGCUCGAAAAAUGGCAAAGAGUAAUAAUAUAGUGGCACGUGGUCUUAAUACAAACGUCAUACUGCGGUUUGAAGUACAGUACAGUGUGCAACACAGAAUCGCCCCUGAAAAGUAAAGUUUCAUAAAAAAAAAGAUAGCUAGCCGAUUAGCUGUAGCCGUGCGAUUGGCGCCAUUAAAAUCACUCAGCCCUUGACCCCCUUUGUCUUAGUCUUCCGGCUAGUAACGUUGCUGCACUCAAACCCCUUGCCCUUUCCGCUCGUAUUCCCAUACUUAUCGGCUGUACCUGUCGCUAUUGUUGCCUAUUAAUGCGGUGUGAAGUCCCCUGCCGCCACUGCAGGCCGUCCUCUCAGCGAGAGAGCGCCGCCGCAGGCCCGUCCCUCCUCCGACGGGAGAGCGCCGCGGCUCCGCGAGGCUAAAGCCUAGUAUGCGCGCGGUGUGCCCGACGCGCGCCAGUGAGCGCGGGGUGCCGAGGCCGCCGUUCUCGUGCGGUUUGCUCACCUGUGCCUACGGACCCGGGCAGCGCGUCGCCUUUCGUAUUUUAACGAUUAGUUUUACUUUAGUUAUAAGCGUUCAUGUUGCGCGACGCCGGAUACUUUACAACAUGUCAGAGACAGUUAAAUAUGUUGAUGAUGAACACAAGACCAUCUUUUUGAAGAUACUCAACGAGCAAAGAUUGGAAGGUGAACACUGUGAUAUUGCUGUGGUUGUUGAAGAUGUAAAAUUCAGGGCACAUCGAUGUGUUUUGGCUGCUUGCAGCAAUUACUUUAAAAAGCUUUUUAAGAAGCAUGAGGUAGACAACUCCUCUGUCAUAGAAAUUGAUUUCAUCCGCUCAGAUAUCUUUGAAGAGGUCUUGAAUUACAUGUACACAGCUAAGAUAUCUGUGAAGAAAAAAGAUGUCAAUUUGAUGAUGUCUUCUGGUCAGAUUCUUGGAAUCAGGUUUUUGGACAAGCUUUGUUCACAGAAACGCGACCUUUCUCCACCUGAGGAGAAGACUGACCAAAUGAAUGCCAAGUAUGCCUAUGACAUUGUCAAAAUAACUAUACCCAGUGAGGAAUCUCAAGAGAACCGUGACCAUGAUGUACAGGUGCUUGGGGACCACGAUGACAAUCCUACGGAUGACAUAGUCGAGGAGCCACAUGCUAACCAAGACUUGGACAAAUCCCCCAACAGCGCACUUAGGGUGCAGGAAGCGAUUCUGAAGGAGCUGGCCACCGAGGACGUUCAUAAGGUGAGCUGUUACGAUCAAGAAGUAGAAGCCAUGGAGACUGAGCCGAAAGACUUGGGCUCACACGGUCCUCAGACUCUUACGUUUGCCGACAGCAUCGGCGAAGUCAAAGAUGAGCAGCCGCCAGGAUGGACGACUGCAGCCAACGACAUGAAAUUUGAGUAUUUGCUUUAUGGGCAUCGGGAUCAGCUCGCAUGCCAGGUGUGUGGCAAGACAUUUAUCGACGAGAACCGCCUGAGGAAACAUGAAAAGCUUCACUCUGCCGACCGACCCUUCAUCUGCGAGAUAUGUACGAAGGCCUUCACCACUCAGGCCCACCUCAAGGAGCACUUGAAGAUACACACGGGCUUCAAGCCGUACCGCUGCGAAAUGUGCGGGAAGUCCUUCAUCCGUGCGCCGGACCUGAAGAAGCACGAGCGGGUGCACAGCAACGAGAGGCCGUUCGCCUGCCAGAUGUGCGACAAGGCCUUCAAGCACAAGUCCCACCUGAAGGAUCACGAGCGCCGGCACCGCGGAGAAAAACCUUUCGUCUGCGGCUCCUGCACCAAGGCCUUCGCCAAGGCCUCAGACCUAAAGAGGCAUGAGAACAACAUGCACAGCGAGCGGAAGCAGCUACCCGGCGGCGCCCUUCAGAGUGAGACUGAGCAACUGCAGGCAGCCGCUAUGGCGGCCGAAGCGGAACAGCAGCUGGAGACGAUGGCGUGCUCGUGACGGCGACCACUCUGCCUGCGAGGCAGGGGGCCACCGUAGCUCACGCACAGUCUCGUUUUGUCUUCGUUUCUUCUGGAAAGUGCUCUGACUAGAACCAUUUUAACAUUGAAUUUACUCUUUAAGAAAUUCAUUCUAGUGAUUGAAUGCAUAGCAUUUGCAUCUCUGAAAUGUCUUUCCUAUUCUUUUGCUGGGGUUAGGUUCCUUGUUUAGCAUUUAAGAUUUUUUUUUCUCUCAUAAUGUUUUAGGUGAAAGAAGAGUUUCUUUGGCAUAGAUCAUACCAAAGCUGUGUCACAUUUUCAGGCAGUCUCAUAUCUAGGGCUGCUUAGCCUUAACUUGGUUUACAAUAUAUGUGCUGUUAUACAGUACCAAUUUUAUCAUCAGAAAUUUGUAAAUAAGUCUAAUUUGUAGCAUUAAUGAGAUGAUUAACAUAGAUGCAUACUGUAUAGAUUGAUAUGUAUUUCAGCUUAAGUUUUAUGUGUGAUCCCAAAAUGUAUGUACUAGCUGAGGUGUGCAAUGGGGGAAAUAAACACGAAUGAACGCUUAUACCACGCACUUUUAAAUACCUGCUGUACUAAAGCCCUCCUGCUACUCCUGUUUAUGGUUUAGUUGCGUCCUCUCUAAUGGUUUCCAGGUGAGUUAGUUGCACUCGCAAGCAGCCCUGCCACCAUGUGCAGUUUGAGUUUUCGGUGUUGCCUGCUGCGCCAAAGAGCCCAUAUUAGAUAUAGGUGAGCGACGUGCUGUAUAGAAACUGAAAAACAGACAUUUAUAACACUGGUGACAUUUUGAAAUCGACGCGGCGAGAAGGUUCUCGUUUUGUGGAAAUUUCAGCUUAUGUAGUUUCUGAGUCAGUCAUUCGCACCUUAAUCCACAGUCAUUUAAAAAAGGUGACUUUUUUGCCUGGUAAUUCCACAUCGCAUAUGAAAGGUUUAUGUUGAGUUGUUUCCACACUGGCACAUAAAAUUCUGUACUCAAAGGGAUUCUUCAUUAAUAAAUACCUGGUUUAGUGUAAUAAUACAGCCAAGUAAUCUCAGCUGGGAUACACGCCUGCUUAUUUUAAAAGGAAUUCUAGUACUUAUUUUUUUACAUUCACAUUUCAUAAAUGGUUUCGAGAUGAAAGACUGAUUGCUGCCCUAAAUUUAAUUGCAUUUACAUGGAAAAGGAUCUAUCUAUGCAGUUCAGUAAAUAUGAGAGACGGGUUAGGUGAAACAAUCAUGUUUUUGGUUUGGAGUGAUGAGUCAUAUGACAGUUUUGCUUAGUAUAAAAUCUGCUUAAAUAUAUAUUUAUUCCUAUUUGGUUAGAUUGGUCUUCUCCCACCAUUAUUAGAAAUACAAGGUUUGGCAAAUAAGUACUUAAUUUCAUGGUUUCAUUAAUUUGACAAAGAGUAAAAAACGUCAUCUUUCAGUAUUAACUGCUUCUCCAGUUUGUUCCAGUGUAUAUGCUAUUUUGUGAUUACAUUAUACUUUGUAAAAUUAUGCAUGAGUAAAUCUGUUAUUUAGUAUUCUGCUUUGUGAAUUUGUACUUCACAUAAUCACAUAGGCUGUAGCUGUCCCUGCACAAAGAUGUCUGGGAAAUGCCAAAAGGAGGAGGAUAAUGACAGUUGCUGGGUGGGAACAUAUUGUGUGUGGUCUGAGAUUAGAUAAAACACAUUGUCUAAUUUUGCAUUUACCUUUUGAUUACACUGAAAUAUGAAUUAAUGUGUUUCCAAGGUAGAGAGUGAGGUCUGGGGAACUAUGUGCAUGGCAAGAGGAAAAUGUGCUUGUAGAGGUUAAUUUUACUUACUUUUAACAUUAUUUUUGAGAUGUAGCCUGCUUUGCAGGUAUUUCAAUUGCUGCUGUAACAUUUAUAGCGUGUUUCAUUCGAGUACCUGAAAGGUUAGGUGCUUUCAGAGGGUCAGGAGGCAUCAGGGACAUUAUGGCAAAGUUGGUAACAUUUACCUUCACUAUUCAGCUGUAAUUGAUUUAACUGUUCAGGUGGAAGGAAGGUGUAUCUAAUGUAUGCUUUCUGUAUCAGUUAUUAAAUAUUACAAUGUUUUUAACCAUG